AUACAAAAAGGGCAUUUAUAAAUAGAAAGAGUUGAGUGUCCAAAUCCAAAUUGAAAUCGGGAGAGAGUUCCAUCUUCCAUUUCUUACGCGUCUGAAGAAGUUCUCUUUCUUGUCAUCGUCUUUUCUUCUUCUCUAAUCGUUUUUUAUCUUCCAUUUCGAAUGAGGAUCGUGGAGAUUUUUUUUGUCCUGUCGUGUGUAUUUCGGCUGUGUCGUGAUCGACGAGAUCGUUUCAGCUCAAGCUAGUGAAAUAAUAAGAUCUAUGCUGGAUUUGUAAUUCUGAAGCUUGGUUGCUUGACAUGGCUUCGUAUACGCCAAAAAAUAUCCUCAUUACUGGAGCUGCUGGAUUCAUUGCAUCUCAUGUUGCCAACAGGCUUAUCCAUAAUUAUCCCCACUACAAAAUUGUUGUUCUUGACAAGCUUGAUUAUUGUUCAAAUCUGAAGAACCUCACUCCUUCAAAAUCAUCUCCCAACUUAAAGUUUGUGAAGGGAGAUAUUGGAAGUGCUGACCUUGUCAACUACCUUCUCAUCACCGAGUCUAUUGACACAAUAAUGCACUUUGCUGCUCAAACCCAUGUUGACAACUCGUUUGGUAACAGCUUUGAGUUCACCAAGAACAACAUAUACGGUACUCAUGUCCUGUUAGAAGCCUGCAAGGUAACUGGCUUAGUCAGAAGGUUCAUCCAUGUGAGCACUGAUGAGGUCUACGGAGAAUCAGAUGAGGAUGCUGUUGACGGAAACCAUGAGGCUUCUCAGUUACUUCCCACAAAUCCAUACUCUGCAACAAAGGCUGGGGCAGAAAUGCUUGUCAUGGCAUAUGGUAGGUCAUAUGGGUUACCUGUGAUCACGACACGCGGAAAUAAUGUUUAUGGGCCCAAUCAAUUUCCUGAGAAAUUAAUUCCAAAGUUCAUUCUCCUGGCUAUGCAAGGCAAGCCUCUUCCAAUUCACGGGGAUGGUUCUAAUGUGAGGAGUUAUUUAUAUUGUGAAGAUGUUGCAGAGGCUUUUGAAGUUAUCCUUCACAAGGGAGAGGUUGGGCAUGUUUACAAUAUUGGAACUAAGAAGGAAAGAAGAGUUAUUGAUGUAGCCAAAGAUAUAUGCAAGCUUUUUUCCAUGGACCCACAGACUAGUAUAAAAUUUGUAGAGAACAGGCCAUUUAAUGACCAGAGAUACUUUCUUGAUGACCAAAAGCUGAAAAUCUUGGGUUGGGCUGAGAAGACCACUUGGGAAGAGGGCUUGAAGAAAACCAUGGAGUGGUAUAUCAGCAAUCCUGAUUGGUGGGGUGAUGUCAGUGGUGCUUUGCUUCCUCAUCCAAGGAUGUUGAUGAGGCCUGGUGGGAUGGAGAAACAUUUUGAUGGGUCUGAAGAAGAAAAACCUUCAUCAUUUGUCUCCACUAAUACUCGAAUGGUGGUUCCAACAUCCAAGAAUGUUGGCUCUUUGCAGAAGCAUACUCUCAAGUUCUUGAUCUAUGGCAGAACAGGCUGGAUUGGGGGUUUGCUGGGGAAAUUAUGUGAAAAGCAAGGAAUCCCCUAUGAAUAUGGUAAAGGACGCCUAGAGGAUCGCUCAUCACUUGUGGCUGAUAUUCAGAGUGUGAAACCAACACAUAUUUUCAAUGCAGCAGGAGUGACUGGCCGACCCAAUGUUGAUUGGUGUGAAUCUCAUAAAACAGAAACCAUCCGCACCAAUGUUGCUGGGACUUUAACAUUGGCCGAUGUCAGUAGGGAGCAUGGGCUCUUGAUGAUAAAUUAUGCAACUGGAUGCAUAUUUGAGUAUGAUAAAGCUCAUCCAGAGGGUUCUGGCAUUGGUUUUAAGGAGGAAGACAAACCCAAUUUCACUGGUUCUUUCUAUUCCAAAACUAAGGCUAUGGUUGAAGAGCUCUUGAAAGAAUAUGACAACGUAUGCACCCUCAGGGUUCGCAUGCCAAUUUCAUCUGACCUGAGUAAUCCACGCAAUUUCAUUACCAAGAUUGCUCGUUAUAACAAAGUCGUUAACAUUCCAAACAGCAUGACUAUUUUGGAUGAACUUCUGCCUAUUUCAAUUGAGAUGGCAAAGCGAAACUUGAGGGGUAUCUGGAACUUCACAAAUCCUGGAGUUGUGAGUCAUAAUGAGAUUCUUGAGAUGUACAGGGAUUACAUUGAUCCUAAGUUCAAGUGGGUUAACUUCACACUUGAAGAGCAAGCCACGGUGAUAGUGGCUCCACGAAGCAACAAUGAGUUGGAUGCAUCCAAAUUGAAGAAAGAGUUCCCAGAGCUCCUUCCCAUCAAGGAAUCACUGAUUAAGUAUGUGUUUGAGCCAAACAAGAAAAGUGCUUAAAAUACUAAGCAGUUUUUCAUGUGUUAAACAUCACAGACUACGCAUUUUUGUGGCGGGCUACGUAGAUCACUCAUUAUUUCAUUGUUAGUUUCAUCACGUUACUGUGUUUAGAGGGUAACUAAGUAUUAUAGUUGGGUUAGGUGUGGUUGCUAAUUUAACAUUCCCACAGCUUUAUUCUAGUUUUAGUGUCUUCUGUUAAGAGAAAACAUUGGAUAAGGUUUUGUUACUCGAAAGCCUACAGGCAACUUUUUACGUCCUUGACGAUUUCUAUUCUUGUAUUGCUCAUAUAUAUCCAUUUUGUGGGUUAUGCUUGUAUCAUAUUUGCAUUGCAUAUGCAGUGAAAUGGAUGCAACUGAGAUAUUCUUUUAAUUUUCUCCGGUUAUAGUAUUUGUGUUAU